UAUGACGGCCGUUCACACUUACAGAGGAAGUAUGGUAUCAGUAGGAACCCAGCAGCCGUUUGAAUAGCACACUAAAAUGCAUCUGAGGCUAGCGCUCCUUAUCACCCUGAUCGUGUAUUUACAAUGGAGCGUGCAAGCAUGCGAACCGGAUCAGACGCAGCGGGGCUGCAAGAUAUACGGUACAACUUGCACAUGCGGCUAUGGGUGUAAAACCGAGUACAUUUACAGAACACGGAAGGUCUGCAUGAAUGCUCUUAGAGAGAGAAGUUUAAACGUUUGCGCCCGCAUGCCUUGCGUCCGGGGAAAUUGCAUUCAGACCGUUCAGGACCCAGGAUUCACUUGCAAAUGUGAAGGCACCGGAUUUUAUGGUCAGAGAUGCGAAAAAGCGUGUCCAACAGAGCCAAUUCGGGGCUUAGUGUUCCCGCAUGAAUGUGUUGUAAUAUAAAAAGCUUUAGUUCUAUUACAUAUUUACCUAUUUAUUUAGUUUCAUUUCACGUACAUUGUAUUUGUUUAUUCGACCAUUGUAAAAUAUCUUAGUUUGUAUUUUAAAAGUGUAUUAAUAAGGUUUAAUCACGUAUGUGUGAAUAAACUCUUUCUUAUUAUUUA